GUGCAUUCCAACACGAUGACGGAUCGCACUUCUCCCGUGAAAAUGCACGAUGACGACUUGAAGCAUGGCAGCGAAAUCGAAGCCGACGGGCUUGCACCAGGUGUAGAGAGUAGCACAUUACGACGCGUGCCCGAUCGCAUUCCAUGGGUUGUGCUACUCAUCCUGAUCGUUGAGCUGGGCGAACGAUUUACGUAUUUUGGUUUGAGCGCGCCGAUUCAGAAUUACAUCAAAAACCCACACAACCCACACUCUGACCUCCCUGGCAGUCUUGGCCGUGGCCAGGCUGUCGCUACAGCUUUGGGCAACUUUUUCAAAUUCUGGGCCUAUGCGUCCACUGUCAUUGGUGCCAUUGUGGCAGACCAGUAUCUUGGCCGCUUCAAGACAAUCGCCCUCGGAUGCGGUGUUUACAUUGUCGGUCUCGUGGUCCUUGUUGCUACAUCGACGCCUGCAGGAAUCCAGUCUGGCGCUGGUUUUGGCGGUCUGGUUACGGCCAUGGUAGUAAUCGGACUGGGCACAGGUAGUAUCAAAGCAAAUGUUACACCCAUGUGCGCAGAGCAGUACGAGCCUGAUGUGGCGUAUACGAAACAGUUGGCGACUGGCGAAUGGGUAAUAGUGGACCCUGAACUAACGGUUGAACGCAUGUUCAAUUGGUUUUAUUGGGCGGUCAAUGUGGGUGCGCUUUCGCCACUGAUUACUGUGAACGUCGAGGCUCAUGUGGGAUUCUGGGUCGCCUACUUGAUCCCUUUAGUGGUUAUCAUCAUUGCUGCAAUGGUCUUCAUUCUCAGCAGCCGGCUCUUUGUUCGAACACCGCCUCAUGGCUCAGCCGUCAUUGAUGCCGCUCGUAUCGUCUCCAUCGCCAUUAAGGAAGGCGGCUUCGAAAAGGCUAAGCCAAGCGCUUUGGAGGCCCAGGGAACUCUUUCGCGCCAUCGUUUUGCGCAGUCCCCUAACUAUACCGACAUGUCUGUAAAGGAAGUACAGAUGGGUAUUACUGCAUGCAAGUUCUUCCUCUUCCUUCCUUUUUACUUUGUCUGCUGGAUCCAAAUUUGGAACAAUCUCAUCUCACAAGCUGGAGACAUGGCAUUGCACGGUACACCAAACGACCUCUUGCAAAAUCUUGACCCCAUCGCUUUGAUCAUAUUCAUUCCACUACUAGAUUUUGUGAUCUACCCUCUUCUUCGCAAGAAUAAGAUCAACUUCAGCCCUGUUCUAAGAAUGACGGCUGGCUUUCUACUAGCGGCGAUUGCUAUGGCAUACGCAAGCGUGCUCCAAUAUUACAUCUACAAGUCUCCAAAGAACAGUAUUCACGUUUGGAUACAAGCUCCGGCUUAUGUCCUUGUCGCUUUUUCUGAAGCCUUUGUUAUCAUCACUGGUUUGGAGUUGGCCCUUCGUUCUCUUGUUUCUUCCUUGUUCUGGUUAACAAUUGGCAUUGCUGCCGCAAUCUGCAUUGCCCUUGCACCCGUGUCGCAGGACCCGUACCUGGUAUGGAUGUACGGCUCUCUCGCCAUCGUUGGCUUUGUUGCAGGGUGUGCCUUAUACGUUUGCUUCCGAAACUCUUUCCAGGAGGUGCCAGUGAUUGUAGGCACUGAAGCGGCGAAUGAGGUUGGUGUGAGCAAGGUUACUGCGGAUGCAGGGAAACUUGCUGUAGAGGAAGGAAACAAGUGUGCCAAGUAG